AUGAAUCACGGAUUAUUACUUUCAUCUCUAGCCAAAAAGAACAAGUCGUCAUUCCUUUUGGUAAACUUAGACAUCGAAGGCGCCUAUGAUUCCGUUGAAGAUCAUAUCAUUGAAAAAGCUCUCACUCAUUGUAAGUUUCCAGAUGAGUUGAAAACUUUUAUACUAAACUCAUACAAGAGUCAAAUAUUACAGCUAGAAAUUGAUCACCAUCUCUCUAGACCAUUCACAAAAACAAGAGGAAUACCACAAGGAUGCCCUUUAGCUCCUCUUAUAUAUGAUUGUAUUACUCAACUCAUCAUUGACAAAUGCAUACAACAAUGGAAAAUUUCAAUCAAACCAACCAAGCUUAAUAUUAACGAUAUUGGUUUGCUCUGCUUUGCUGAUGACAUUAAUUUAGUUUCAAACAGAUACUGCAAUUAUAACGAAAGACUUGAUAAUAUCUCUAAAUGGCUCGGCCAAUUAAGUCUAAAAAUUAAUCCUUCAAAAUCCAUGGCAACCACUCUCCCAACUAAAAGCAAAAUGAAGCCAAUGAUAGACGGUACUAUUAUACCAAGAUUCAAAAACCUUCGAGUACUUGGACACUAUCCUUGGGAUGACUCUACUUUAAAUGAAGAUAUUGAAAAAAGAAUCCUCCAAUUUCAACUCUCACUCAAAUAUAUUCCACUGAAAAGAAUGGAGAUAACAAACAUUAAGAAAGUAAUUUUUGCCAAAUGCACUAGCUUAUUUACACACAUUUUACGAACAAAUUACAUUCCUGAAUCACUUGUUGAUAGAAUUAACAUUGAAGUAAGAAAAGCAAUAAGAAAGAAAAUUUUCAUGCAUAAUGCUAGUCCAACAAACUAUUUUCACCUCCCAAUCACCUAUGGCGGACUUGGUAUUCCAAGAUUCGAUAUCUUUGCAGAUGAAAUUCGAAUCAAAACAGCCCUGUAUCUUAUUAACAAUGAUAAUGAACUUCUUAGAGAAGUAUAUUCAGAAGGAAUCAAACACGAAAAUUCGAUUUUUAAGGAAAUGAACAGAUCAAUGAAGAAAUACAAGAUCAGACCUCAACAAUUUAACAAUGACGAAAUCUUUCCAAAACUCAAAGGAAAGAAUUUUACUAUUUACACUGACGGAUCAAAUCUCAACAACUCAACAGGUUUCGGCUUUACCGCCAAAGUUAACAAUUCCCAAGAAACCCAAGAUUUCUCAUACAAAAUUAACAGCGAAUACUCACAUAACGUUGCUGAAUUAUCAGCAAUACUCACAUCACUAAAGAUACUUCCACCUAAAUCUAAGGCAAAAAUUCACACAGAUAGUGAAAUAUCCAUCCACGUUUUGAAAAACAAAGCCUAUAACGGAAUUUUUAACUGCUUCAAGCAUGAAUAUCAACAGGUCAUUCAACAAUCCAAUCUAAAUAUUCAACUAAUCAAAGUUAAAGGUCAUGUCAACAAAGGAAACAUCAAAGCUGACGAAUUAGCUAAGAAAGGAGCUCAAGAGCACAACUAUUUUGACAUUAAGAAGCUAUUUUCGAACCAAACCAUCCUUGCCACAUCUAAUACCAUUAUUUUCGACAUCAAAAAUCCAUACAAAAGAAAAGAUAUGAUGUAA